CUCGACACCACGCGGGGCGAUCGCAACGCGUGGUUAGUCAAGGUGCCGAAAUUUGUUUCGCGAGUGUUCCACGAAGCCGCGGCGGCGAGUAAGCAGGCGAUGGCGGAUGAUGAUGACAUGGAUACGGACACCAAGGAGGAGGACGAGCCCGCCAUCGGCACAGUUCGCCACAUGACGCACGCGAUCAUGGAACUCACCGGAAAAGAGGCGAACGGCGUGCCGAAGCAGUACAUUUUAGCCAAUCAGCCGAGUGAUAUGCCGAUGCGCGUGUUUUCCGACGUUCGCGAGGGGACGACGAGCGGGCAGGCGGACAUCACCCUCGAGGCCAAAGUGGACUUGAAGUUAGACAUGCGUCCGACAUCGAUCGACGAUGUCGAUUACCAUAGAGUUAGUAAAGAUCGCAUGAUUCAGGCACAGACUAAGACGAGAGUAACGCAGAGCUCGUCUGAGAUGCGUUUCGCGCCGCUGCCCAAGGCGAGAAACUUGAUUCGGUUCACCGACGCCGCAUCAAAUAAGAAGGAAAAGAAGGAACGCAUGGAAAAGAAGGCCCUGGAAAAUGUCCUCUUCGGGUUGUUCGAGCGACAACCGUAUUGGAGUCUGAAGCAGCUGAUCCUCGAGACGAAGCAACCGGUGGAUUGGCUAAAGACAAACUUGGGCGAAAUCGCGCUUUUGACGAGACGUGGGCCGAAUAUGGGUUUGUGGGGGCUCAAACCAGAGUGGAAA